GGGAGCUUUAAAGUCGUCGAGGGCACGCGGUGGCUCCUCACUUCCUGGUUGAAGAUGGCGGAUGAGAAUGAGACAGCACCGAUGCCGGAGAAAGAAGAUGUAGAGGACCACGGACACUGCAGCGACUGUGAAAACGAAGAGCACCACUCUGACGAGGGUGACAGGGGUCUGGGUGACGACACUGGUGCCAAGAAGAAGAAAAAGAAGCAGAAAAAGAAGAAGAAAUCUGGCGCCCCAGAAGCCGCUCAGGACCCCCUUGCCAAGGUGAAUUCAUUACCGGCUGAUAAGCUACAGGAGAUCCAAAAGGCCAUUGAACUGUUCUCCGUAGGCCAAGGCCCUGCCAAAACCAUGGAGGAGGCAACUCGGAGGAGUUACCAGUUCUGGGACACGCAGCCUGUACCCAAGCUAGGGGAGACUGUGACAUCACAUGGCUCCAUCGAACCUGACAAAGACGUCAUUCGUGAGGAGCCCUACAGCCUCCCGCAGGGCUUCAGCUGGGACACCCUCGACUUGGGGAACGCUGGUGUGCUCAAGGAGCUUUACACCCUUCUCAACGAGAAUUAUGUUGAAGAUGAUGACAACAUGUUCCGGUUUGACUACUCCCCUGAGUUUCUCCUCUGGGCCCUGCGGCCCCCUGGCUGGCUGCCCCAGUGGCAUUGUGGGGUGAGAGUGAACUCCAACCAAAAGCUAGUAGGCUUCAUCAGUGCCAUUCCAGCUUCCAUCUGUAUCUAUGACAUAGAAAAGAAAAUGGUAGAGAUCAAUUUCCUCUGUGUCCAUAAGAAGCUUCGCUCCAAACGAGUUGCUCCGGUUCUGAUAAGAGAAAUCACCAGACGGGUCAACCUGCAGGGUAUCUUUCAGGCGGUUUACACCGCUGGAGUGGUACUGCCCAAACCUGUGGGCACAUGCAGGUACUGGCAUCGCUCUUUGAACCCACGCAAACUAAUCGAGGUGAAGUUCUCCCACCUGAGCAGGAACAUGACUAUGCAGCGCACCAUGAAGUUGUACCGUCUGCCUGAGGCUCCUAAGACUUCAGGUCUGCGGGUCAUGACCAAGAAGGAUGUCCCACUUGUGCAUCGCCUCCUCCGAGAGUACCUGAGCCAGUUCAACCUGGUGCCCGCCAUGAACCAGGCAGAGGUAGAACACUGGCUGCUACCCCGGGAGAAUAUUAUCGACACCUACCUGGUGGAGAACGAUGGCAAGGUAACGGAUUUCCUGAGUUUCUACACACUGCCCUCUACCAUUAUGAACCACCCAGUGCACCGCAGUCUCAAGGCAGCAUACUCCUUCUACAACGUGCACACCACCACACCCCUGCUCGACCUGAUGUCUGACGCCCUCAUCCUGGCCAAAUCGAAAGGGUUUGACGUCUUCAAUGCACUGGAUCUAAUGGAAAACAAGACUUUCUUGGAGAAGCUUAAGUUCGGCAUCGGUGAUGGAAAUCUACAGUAUUAUCUGUACAAUUGGAAGUGUCCCAGCAUGGGCUCAGAAAAGGUUGGGUUGGUACUGCAGUGACGUCCCUUUAAGCCAUAAACAAGUAUCACCAACAGGCCAGGAGACGGCACCAUCACACUGACCACCUGAGAGAUGGACUGAUGACUUCCUGCUUCAGGAGAGGAAAACCCACCGCCCAUUUUUACUUUUUGACCUUUUGAACUUUGACCUGCACUACCGCUGCCAGGCAGGGAGGCAGGGAGAGCGUUGCUGCUCCUCCUCCUCCUCCCUCGAUCACAUGGACCUUAAGCCAUUGUUACCAUCCCAAACAACUGUAUUUCAUCUGAGAGCUGUCUUGAUUGUACCAUACACACAAGAACAGUUUUGCACAGAUUACUGUAUAUCAAAAACUCACUGUUGGCAUACCUACGAAACGUUCAAUACAUGUAAAUAAUAUCAAACAUUACUUCGGAUUAUGCCCUAACACAUACAGACUAGAACCCACUGUUCUGUUUGAUUCCUAAACGUUGGAAGUGCUUUUUGCAAUUAAAAUAAAUCUGUCAUCGUUAAGUUUUAGAGAUAAAAAAUCAAAAUGUUGAAAAAAUAUUUUAAAGAGGUAAAGGUUAAAAAAUGCGAGGUAAUAAAUACCAAAAGUGGACACCAGAUAAGGGCUUCUGUUAAAAUUUCUCUCAUUCUUGACCCUGUGUCUUCUUUAUUUAAUUUUUCUCAUCAAACCUUCUGUCAUUAUGGAUAAGAUGUAUAUGCCUUCUUGAGGUUUUCUCAUCUGUAUUAACUUUCAUGACCUCAGCCUACUGCACUAACAGAAGAAGCCCUUAAACACAGACUGCUACAAUGGACCAGCUCAGUUGGAGGUUUGGACGUGGUUGGACCGCCACACGGAGGUUGACGGCAUUCUGAUGGGGUUUACACAACACAUGGCAGGAAUCGGAUUUGUAAUGACACCUCCUUAUUUAACUGUGCUUUAGUUGUCCACCCGUAUGGGCUCUCAGGCUUUGUCAAAUGUUCCUUAAAAGUCUGCAAGAGCUUAGAUUGAAAUGGAAAGUGUUUGAGGGUGAUUUUUACGACUUUUACCUUAUUUGCUUAAGGGAAUCACACAGUUAGUCUUAAAAAAAUAGUCAUAAAGAUUAAUAUAAUAAAAUGCAAAGAUGCACCCAUGAGAAAAAAAACUGAAGGAUCUGACAAGUUUGAAUGCAGAAAGCACCGACUGUGUGUGGUUUCUAUGUCCUAGGGAAUUGAUCAUGGUUUAAUAUAGUCAUCACCUAUAUCAUGCUUUUAUGAGCUCUAUAUAGAAAGUGAAACAAAUAUAAUAUGAGGUAUGCGCACUGCAGGUAACAUUACAGCAUUUGGAGCUCUACACACUGGUGAUGCCAUUUUAAAGUCUGUAAGGAUUAAGAGAGCAUGUAUAAGUUAGUCUGGACUUCCAGGACAUUGUGCAGAGUGAGUGGUGAUGAUGACUUGGGACAUGCCCCAGUUAAAGUGUUUCUUAUGUAAAAUGCUGGUUCUGUUUGCAAACUGAUGUAAAAGAAGAAUGGGUCUCAUGGUGUUUUGAUGCAGGUAAAGAAUGUGAAGAUGCAGGUGAUUUCAUUUUUUUUUUGAGCAAAAAAAUAAAAUCUGGAAG